AUGCUAUCCGAUGACUUUGAUAAUCCACUUUCUUUGCAGAGUGUUGCUAAAACAAUACGAGCAUCCAUUAAUAAGGCUCGCAAUGAAGAGUUUCUCGAACGAUGGCUUAUCACAAUUGAUUUAAUGAUGAGAAAGAUACAUAAAGAAGGUAAAGCAUGGAAUUUUGCAUCUUAUCUGAAUGAAAUUUGGUUUAAUUCAAAUUUGAAAUAUGAUUGGGCAAGCAAAGUGGAUUUGGGUAUGAAAGAUCAAUGUCGAUUUCAUACAGUGGGCGUAUCGAAAUUAAAAUGUCGUGUCUUUCCAUUAAAUUCCAUACAAGAUGUUGAUGGAAACUGGACUCGAGAUCAUGGAGGAGCUGAAGUAUCUUUUCGAAUCCCGAAAGAAGAUUGUAAGAAUAAGUUUAUUGCAGCAUGGAAUAAUGAUGUAAAAGAAAAUUUUAUGAAUUUUAAAAUUUUAGAAUAA